CAGACCUACAGCGACCCCAUCACAAUCCACCGUCAAUCACGUAUUCACCUCACUGAGGAAUCCACCAAGAUGCCGUCCGAAAUCAAAGACAAGAACGGCGAGCCCAUCAACGAAGGCGACCAUGUGUUUGCCCGCUCGCGCGGCGGCAGACAUGAGGGAGACGUCGACAAGAUCGUGACUUCGAAGGAGGAGGCCGAGAAGGAAGGGGUCAAGCACCCGCCCAAGGUUCUCUUCACCGACCAGCAUGGCCACAAUGUGCAACACAACCCUGGGGCAUUGCAGCACGGAGAGUACAAGAAAUGAGUGAGUGGAUCGCGAGAAUGAUAGUAAUAAUGAGGGGUUGUUGGCGCAAGGGGAACAUUUGCAGUCGUGCGGCGCGGUUGAGUGUGUGUUCGUGAUGCGGAAAUCUCUGAUGCGGCUUCACGUCAGGGGCAACUAGUCUAGUGGUCAGGACGCUUCGUUGUGGUUUCGUAGAAUUCGAAACUUCGUUUCCGAAGAAACCCAGGUUCGAUUCCUGGGUUGCCCAAUGCUUUUGUCGGUUGCCCUGUUAGUGUACGGUCCACUGUCAAUCUCCCAUGUUGAGGGUUCAGCUUUGUGCUACCUGGGCGUUGAAAUCUUGUACAGACUCGGAGUUUAGUAGUCGUAAGAAAGGAAAGCUCAGUUAGGAUUCGGGGGACUCACUCCUAGGCGCGAUCAGAACAUCAGAACGCUGGCCCUUGAACCACAGGAGCUAUCCGUGAAACCUAGUGUAGAUGGCGAGUUAUUAUUAUCAAUCUAAGAUCUUACUUGAG